UCUUCUCCGCCCUUCGUCCCUCCUCGGGCUCCGCCGCCCGCCCCCCGCCUCCGCCUCCCAGUGUCCCAACCCUAGCGGCCGGCGGGCGCGGCGAUGGGCGCCGUCGCCUCCACGGUGGCGGCGCGCUUCGCCUUCUUCCCGCCCUCCCCGCCGUCGUACGGCGUCGAGCCCCCGCCCUCGCCGGCCGCCGCGGCCGCGGACGGCGCGGUGGUGGAGCUAAGCGGGGUGCCCCGCCGGGGCGGCGUGGAGGCGCGGCGGCUGCCGACCAAGCGCGGCACGGAGGUGGUCGCCAUGUACGUGCGCCAGCCCGGGGCGCGCCUCACGCUGCUCUACUCCCACGGCAACGCCGCCGACCUGGGCCAGAUGUACGAGCUCUUCGUCGAGCUCAGCUCCCACCUCAACGUCAACCUCAUGGGUUACGAUUAUUCUGGAUAUGGGCAAUCAUCUGGGAAGCCAAGUGAGCAGAACACUUAUUCAGACAUAGAGGCUGCUUAUAGGUGUCUCAUAGAAACUUAUGGGGCCUCCGAGGAAAACAUCAUUCUGUAUGGCCAAUCAGUUGGCAGCGGCCCUACUUUGGAUUUGGCAUCUCGUUUGCCUCAUUUGAGAGCAGUGGUUCUACAUAGCCCAAUUUCAUCUGGCUUGAGAGUAAUGUAUCCUGUGAAACAUACGUACUGGUUUGACAUAUAUAAGAACAUUGACAAAGUUGCAUUGGUCAAAUGUCCCGUGCUAGUAAUCCAUGGUACGUCUGAUGAUGUUGUCGACUGUUCUCAUGGGAGAGCGCUUUGGGAACUCUCCAAAGUGAAGUAUGAGCCUUUGUGGGUCAAAGGGGGUAACCAUUGUAAUUUGGAACUCUAUCCGGAAUACAUUAAGCACCUAAAGAAGUUCAUCACAGCCAUAGAGAAGUCCCCACCACUGAAAGAUGAAUCUCCAGAAAGCUCAGGUCCUUCAGAUCUUGAAACAGGAUCUGAAAGUAUGGAGAGUUCAAGAAAAAGCACGGAUGUGAGGGACAAAUCAAGGUCAAGCACUGAUCACAGGCGGAGUACAGAUCGCCGGGAGAAACCAAGGAGCAGCAUAGAUAGGAAGGAUAAAAGCAGAAAGAGUGUAGAUCAUCCUGACAAACCACGGGCUAGUGUGGAUCAAUCUGAUAAGCCACGGAAAAGCAUUGACCGCUUUGGAGGGAUGAUGAGGUCGGUCAAAUUGUGCAAUAUUGACUGCUUCAAAGUAACUUCCACUUCUGGGAGCUGAAAAUAGUGGAAGGUUAGUUUUUGUUAGCACACGUGUUUAUUUCAUAUGUAUAAUCUAUUCAAUUGGGUGUUUUAAGUUUUGCUGUGGAAGGUGUAUUGAUUUGGGUGAGGGUUAUGCACACUGAAUUGUUACGUGAGAAGAAAUGAUAAUUCAUUCCUGA